UUUUUAGAGCCGGUUGAUACAAGCAUUGUUACAGAUUACUCAACAAUUAUUAGUAAUCCCAUGGACCUUGGCACGAUGCGUAGAAAGGUAAACAACAACGAGUACACAGACAUUGACACAUUCAAGAACGACCUUGCACUUAUUUGUAAUAAUUGCAAGACAUACAAUUCUCCCGAAACUCUAUACUAUAAAAGUGCUGAGAAACUUUGGACUUUUGGCGAAAAAGCUAUUGAGCGAGAAAGGGACAGCAUCUUAUUAGAAGAGGAAAAGGCAAAGGCCUUGAAAGGGUUUAUUAGUGUCGAAGAUGGUAAAAAGGUAGGAAAAUUUCAUACAAUGAUAUUCCGCAAUUGUUCUAUGGUCUCUGAUUUUAAUUUUACACGAAUAGGCUACCACUAA